CCGCAGACGGCGGCCCGAUGGAGCCGGAGCCCGAACCCGAGCCCGGGUCUGUGGAGGUUCCCGCGGGGCGCGUGCUCAGCGCCUCGGAGCUCCGCGCCGCGCGCUCGCGGUCCCAGAAGCUGCCGCAGCGGUCGCAUGGCCCCAAGGACUUCCUCCCCGACGGCUCGGAGGCCCAGGCGGAGAGGCUGCGCCUGUGUCGCCAGGAGCUGUGGCAGCUGCUGGCGGAGGAGCGCGUGGAGCGCCUGGGCAGCUUGGUGGCCGCCGAGUGGAGACCAGAAGAGGGCUUUGUGGAGUUGACGUCUCCUGCGGGAAAGUUCUGGCAGACCAUGGGCUACUCAGAGGAAGGACGGCAGCGGCUUCACCCCGAAGAGGCCUUGUACCUGCUGGAGUGUGGUUCGAUUCAGCUCUUCUACCAAGACCUCCCGCUGUCUAUCCAAGAGGCCUACCAGCUGCUUCUGACCGAGGACACCUUGAGUUUCCUGCAGUACCAGGUCUUCAGCCACCUGAAGAGACUGGGCUAUGUGGUUCGUCGGUUCCAGCUAAGCUCUGUCGUGUCACCUUAUGAGCGGCAGCUUAACCUGGAUGGCUAUGCCCAGUGCCUGGAGGAUGGGUCUGGCAAGAGGAAGAGGACUUCCAGCUGUCGGUCUGUUAAUAAGAAGACCAAGGCUCUGCCCUCCCUGCCGCCCGGCAGCCUGGUAGCAUCCAGCCCACCUGCCUGUGACCAGAGUAGCCAAUGCCCAGAGGAGAAGCCUCGGGACUCAAGCCCCGGGCAGGGCUCAGAGCUCCCCUUGCAGUUUCUGGGGUCCUCAGAGCCUUGCUCUGAUCUGGCCAGGGAAGAUGUGGGGUGUGGCCAGGAGAGUGACCAGAUGGAGAAUGGAACGGAGGGGACCCCCAAGCAGACCCCUAAGCUACGCUGGAACUUUGAGCAGAUCUCAUUCCCCAACAUGGCCUCAGAUAGUCGCCACACCCUCCUGCCUGCUCCAGACCCAGAGCUGCUCCCGGCCAAUGUCAUCGGGCGAGGGACAGAUGCUGAGUCCUGGUGCCAAAAGCUCAACCAGCGGAGGGAGAAGCUUUCCCGGAGAGACCGGGAACAGCAAGCAGAGGCCCGGCACUUCCGGGACGGCGUUAACUCAGAUCCCGAGGUGCAGGGCUGCUCCAGCUGGCGGGAGUACAAAGAGCUGCUGCAAAGGCGACAGAUGCAGAAGAGCCUGCCCCGGCCUCCACACCUAUGGGGCCAGCCUGUUACCCCCUUGCUCAACCCUGAUAAAGCCGAUUCUCCAGCCGCGGUCCUGCAACAUAUCUCUGUACUGCAGACAACACACCUUGCUGACGGAGGUUACCGGCUGCUGGAGAAGUCUGGAGGCUUGGAGAUCAGCUUCGAUGUUUACCAGGCUGACGCCGUGGCUACAUUCCGAAAAAACAACCCUGGCAGGCCCUAUGUGCGAAUGUGCAUUAGUGGGUUUGAUGAACCCGUCCCAGACCUCUGCAGCCUCAAGCGGUUGACCUACCAGAGUGGGGACGUUCCCCUGAUCUUUGCUCUAGUGGAUCAUGGUGACAUCUCCUUCUACAGCUUCAGAGACUUCACACUGCCCAGGGAUCUGGGGCACUGAAUACAGCUCUGGGGGUGGCUUUCCCUGGGGGACCUGGACUGUUCUCAGGGACCGUGCCAACCGUCUCUCGUACAGGACUCACCUGGAACUGUCCAGGCCAUUGGGGUCUAUGAUCCUAGGUGUCUUCUGUUUGUAGGGAAGUGCACGCCCUCCUGCCUGGCUAUUGUGCUUUCAAGCCCCCUGCCUGGAAGUGCUGCCUGGCAGUGAUGCCCCCUUGGAACUCAGGACUUGUUUUCAGAGGCCCAGAAGUUGAUUAGAAGAGAGGACUCUGUGCCUUUAUUCAAGGGGGUGCCUGCUUCGUGCCAUAAGCCAAAGCCAUUAAAAAAAUAUUUUCUGCUGUGAUUGAAUAUA